AUGGGCCUGAAACACUCCAACCCCAAGCUGUUCCCGGGGGACAUCGUGGAGUAUCCCAGGAACAAGUACUUCUCUCAUUUCGCAGUGUACUACGGAGAGAAGGACAAUGUCUCCUACGUCGCUCACCUGACGAGUCGAGAUUCGGACUCCAAGCUGCCGCUCUACGGCCGAGCUCUGAGGGCCGAGGUCAAACUGGAUCCGCUGGAGAUGCUGGGGGACAAGUACAAGGUCAACAACAUGCUGGACGACGCGUACCCGCCCAGAGACUUCCACAGCGUGGUGAAGCCGGCUAUCGACGACCUGAUUGGAUGCAAGGUGACGUUUGACAUCCUGUUUCAUAACAGCGAGCACCAGGCGACGUCUUUCAGAUACGGAGUCAAGAAAUCUGCCCAGAUAGACAGAAUCUACGAGCACAUCAUGCCGAGCUGGAAGAAGCUGUUUGAUGAGAAAAAACUGUGA